AUGUCAAAUCUUACAAAAUUAGAUUUUGGGGCUCUUGAUAUUUCGGGAAAGAACUAUUUGACAUGGGCCCUAGACGCCCAAAUUCAUUUAAGCGUAGAAGGUCACGGUGACACUAUUAAAGAAGGAAAUAAAUCAUCUGAUCAACAAAAGGCAAAAGCCAUGAUAUUCCUUCGUCGUCACCUUCACGAGGAUCUUAAAAAUGAGUAUCUUACCGUAACUGACCCACAUGUCUUGUGGAAAAAUUUGAAAGAUAGAUAUGAUCAUCAAAAAACGGUUACCCUACCAAAAGCUCGAUAUGAAUGGAUGCAUUUACGUCUGCAGGAUUUUAAAAGGGUAAGUGAUUAUAAUUCUGCAAUGUUUAGAAUAACUUCUAAGUUAUUAUUAUGUGAAGAAAAAGUAACUGAUGAAGAUAUGCUAGAAAAAAUAUUUUCCACUUUUCAUGCAUCUAAUGCGCUCCUGCAGCAGCAGUAUCGAGAAAAGGUGUUUACUAAAUAUUCUGACCUAAUAUCUUGUCUUCUUGUGGCUGAGCAAAAUAAUGAACUAUUGAUGAAAAAUCACGAGGCCCGUCCCACUGGUACAACUCCAUUCCCAGAAGUUAAUGUGGCAAGGCACGACCACUAUAGGAAAAAUCGUGGUCGCGGUCGUGCAUACGCACGUGGUCGUGGUCGUAAUUAUGCUCAUGGUCUUGGUUUUGAUCGUGGUCGCAAUGGGAAUCAUAAAAACACAUAUUUCCACCCGAAGUGGAAAAUGUUGAAGAGGGUCAGAGUAGCAAAACAAAUGAAAAUAUUUGCUAUCGUUGUGGAGGAAAAGGUCAUUGGAGUCGCACUUGUCGUACUCCAAAACACCUUGUUGAUCUUUAUCAAAAAUCACUGA